AUGUCCAAAAGAGCGAAGUUUUCCCCAGCAAACUGGUCGGAUCUUCCUCAAGAUCUUGUUCUGUCCAUUGCGAGACGCAUAGGAUCAGCGCAAGACUUUGUUACUUUUGGUGCAGUAUGUAAAACAUGGAGUCGCGCCUUCACCAAACAAGACUUUCUUGGUGGAUUAACACAUGCAGUUCCACUCCUUAUGCUACCGAAGUACUCAGACAACACACAAGAGUGCUACAACCUUACAAGAGGCAGGUUUUGCAGGCUCGAUAUUAACCUUUCUGAGGCUAAAGCUAAACGAAUGCCGCCGAAGUGGUAUUACUGUCAUUCUUCACUUGGAUGGCUCAUCCUUCCACCACAAAAUGAAGAUUCCAGCAACCCUGUAUGCAUGUUUCAUCCUUUCAACCAUACCAGAAUUGUGCUGCCAACCUAUGGCGAUGGCGACAGCAUUGAGAAUUUUGUGUUAUCAUCUAGUCCUUCGUUCCCAUCAGACUAUACAGCCAUGAUUUCUUAUCGUUGGACUAGAAGAGCGGCAUUUUGGAGACCAAAAGAUAAGCGAUGGAUAAAUGUAUCAUUACCGACUCGGCCACCAAAUCUAUAUGGAAAUUGCUUCGAUGAUAUAGCUUUCUAUAAAGGACAGUUUUAUGUGGCGGAAAGAAUGCCCUUAUAUGAGAACUUCCUUGUUUGUGACAUUGACGACCACAAAGCAGAGGGAAAGCUCUCUAAUCUAAAGUCGAAUUUGUUUCCCUGUCAUGGUGGGAAACGAACGGAGCAUUUGAACUUGGUGGAAUCAGCUGGGGACUUGCUGGUUGUUUUACGAUAUUCUUUCGAGUCCAGCCACAGAAUUGUUGGGUUCAGGGUUUUCAAGGUGCCAUUCGAUACCGAUGAUUGGACUGAAGUAGAGGAUUUGGGAAACAGAGCCUUGUUUCUGGGUGACAAUAGUUCUUUCUCUGUAGAGACCUCACCAGGCUACUCUAGAUGCAAGGCUAAUUGCAUAUACUUCACAACUGAUCGAGUGUGCAGGCAACAAUGUGGUGUAUUUAGUAUGGAAGAUAGACAAGUCAAGCCACUCUUACACAAGUUUGCUUGGUUUGAAAACCCAUACAUAUGGAUUCAGCCGAGUUUAUAA